AUGCAUGUGGAUGAUCUUAGGAAAGAAGAACUGGCAGAUGAAUUUGAAGAUGAAGAUGAUGAGUAUGUUGGGGAAGAUGGGAGUUCAGAGGAUGAGGGAUAUGAUUUAGAACUAGAGGAUGAAUUUGAAAAUGAAGAAGUGGAUGUACUGGUGGAGAAGGAAUUUGAAGAUUACUUGGAUGGUGGGUCAGUUUUAGAUCAGUUGUACACAAAUGGGACAAUUGUGGGGGAGAUGAUUUUUGGGCAGGUAAAGCUUGCUCAGUGGAUGAUCUUUUCAAACAAAGAUCACAUCCUUGGAGUGUUCAAGGACUUCUAUAUUCAAGAGGGGUUUGCUGUGAGGGUUGAAAAGGUUGACAACCUUAGGCUCACUGCUAGGUACAUUGAGGACUGUGAGUUGAGAAUUCAUGCAUCCAAACUGAUGGAUGGCAUCAGUUGGGACAUAAAGUCCAUAACAGCAUAUGCUGAGAUGAUUAAGCAGACUAACACUGGUAGCUAUGCUUUAGUUACUUGGACAACCAACUCUUCAAACAUCACACCAAAGUUCAAAGCUUGUGUCUUCUCCAUUGUCGCUCAGUUCAAGGGGUUCCUAAGAGGCUGGAGACCUAUUAUUGGGUUUGAUGGAACACAUUUAAGUGGUUUCUACAAGGGAAUAUUAUUGACUAAUGUGGGUAUUGAUGGAAAUAAUGAUAUAUUUCCAAUUGCAUAUGGGAUAGUUGAAACAGAGAGUAAAGAUAGUUGGACCUAUUUUUUCAAAAAUCUUGAAGGUGUUAAGGGAGCAAUGUUGGAGGUGUUCCCUAGAGCUAACAGGAGAAUAUACUGUCAACACCUUUAUUCUAAUUGCAAGAAUGCUGGAUUCACUGGUUCUGCUUUCCACAAAUCCUUCUGGAUUGCUGCUAAUGCAUACAACCUGCUGACAUUCUUGUUGUGUAUGGAACUUAAUGACCUCACUGACUAUGCCACUAAGUUGUUGGAGGUGAGUAUUGAUAAAAGCAGGUUUUGCCAUGUUGUUGAAGCUGGUGGAGGGGAGUUUGAGGUGUUGGAUGAUCAUGGCACUGAUAUACCCUGUAAACAUGGUUUAAGGGUUAUUUUUGACUUGAGGCUUGACCCACAUGACUAUGUCUCUGCCUACUACGAGGGGGCUGCAUACAAAGAGACAUAUGCAAGCCACAUACACCCCAUGCCCGACUCAUCUCAAUGGCCUAAGUUUGAACUCUUUAUAAAUCACCCUCCCCCAUUGAAAAGAAGUGCUGGAAGGCCGACUAAACAGAGGAAGAGAGGGCCAAAUAAGAAGGAAAAAGGGAAGAGGAGCAGCACUAUUAAGUGUGGCAAGUGCAAAGAAGUUGGCCACAAUUUAAGGACAUGCAAGGGAGGGGCAACACAAAAGCAAAGAAAGGACUCUGCUGCAUCAACAUCACAACCACAACCAUCUGAUGGGCCUGCUCAGUAG